GUAGCCUAUAUUAGAAUUAUAUAUUAAUAUUAGUAAGAAAUUACCAAUAGUUAUUUAAGUGAGCGAUGUGAAACAACAGGAAAAACUUCAUAUCCCAGACAUGACUAGUCUUUUCACUACGUCAUCCGCCCGCGUCCGUAGUUCUGUUGUUCUUCCUCGACGCACAUGAAAUAAACCAACGUGGUAUUCCCUUCUUGACAAGAAACUUCCCUGCAGCUUCAUGAAGGAAAACAUUCUUCGUUCUCACGCAUAUUUGUUUUAGCCUGAACCCAAUAAUUUGUUUUGUUUUGAACCAAACACUCCCUGAACCGGAAGAGUCAUAGAAGAGGUGGCAUUCGCGAGGGAUAGUUUGUAGGUUGUUUUUUUUUUUUUUUCCUGACAGGAAUUGAGGAAAAAAAAUGUUUAAUGAGGAUGAGGACUGGAGCGACGAGCAAGAGGGACGAAUCCUGAGCAAAGCUGUCUUUAAAAAGUCUCAAAAGGCGAACAACAGUAUACAGCUAAAGUCCAAUGUUGGUAAGAAGAGCCUGCUGCGGACCCUGGAGACUCUGGGGUCGACACCAGACUGGAGGAGCAGCGACCAUGAGCAGGACAGCGGCAGUGAGACGGAAGUCCCUUCAUCACCCAGUAAAAAGAAGAAGAGGAAGAAAAGGAGGAAACAUGGAGAGCAGUCAGAGGAGACGCAGGAAGGUGGAGACGACCGUCAAACUGUCAAAGAGAAACAACUGAAGAAGAAGAAGAAGAAGAAGAGGGAAAACAAACCUGCCUCAAAAGCACUAAGGUCGCCUUCAGCGGAGACAGAAGUUGAAAAAGUUCCAGAACCUUCUCAAGAGAGUGUAAACAAACAGCAAGACCCAGAGAGGCUGAGCAGGCAGCAGUGGAGAAACAAGAUGAAGAAUAAGAAGAGAUCCAAGAACAAGUUCCGCCAGAGCAAACCUGAGGACGAUGCAGAUGGAGCUCGAACCGCCGAUAAACGGGAAGCAGCAGAAGACGUCAAAAAAGAUCCACACAACGGCAACGGGGAAAACAUCAGCCAGAUGGCAAACCGGAAACAAAAGAAGGAGAAAGUGAAAAGGAAGAACACGGAGAGAGAGGCAGAUGGAUGCAGCGCGGCAAGAGGGGAAAACCAGCCGGAGGCGGAGAGGUUAAAAAGUGGAUCUGAAGGCUCUGCUGAGGGAUUAAAACACGGAGCAGGUGUUCAGGUGGCGAGCACCAACCGACAGAAACCUGAGCUGAGUAAGGAGCGGAGUCUGAAAAGACAGAAGCUGCAGAAGAUCCUCCUCCGCCAGGAAAGGGUCGGCGCCGAGGGUCCAGUGGAGAGGAUGCAGAUGGAGGUGGCGGUCCCAGAGGCGGCGGCGGAGCAGAGCCGCUCCGACUCCCUCAGGUCCCGCAUGGAGCAGCGCCUGGAGGCGGCGCGCUUCCGCUACAUCAACGAGCGUCUGUACAGCACGGCGAGCGGCGAGGCCAGGCGCAUGUUCCAGCAGGACCCAGAGGCAUUCUGGGUGUACCACAGAGGAUACACGGCACAGGUCCAGAGGUGGCCCGCCAACCCGCUGGACGCCAUCAUCGCUUACAUUCACAAGAGGUCACCUUCCCUGGUAGUGGCAGACUUCGGAUGCGGUGACUGUAAGAUCGCGCGCAGCGUGAAGAACAAAGUGCACAGCUUCGACCUGGCUGCCGCCUGUGACCUCGUCACCGUCUGUGACAUGGCCAAAGUGCCUCUCGGUGACGACUCUGUGGACAUCGCCGUGUUCUGUCUGUCCCUCAUGGGGACCAACCUGGUCGAAUUCCUGGCAGAAGCCAACCGCGUCUUGAAAAUGAGGGGCGUCCUGAAGGUUGCAGAAGUAGCGAGCCGAUUUGACAACAUGCAGAACUUCAUCUCUGCUCUAGCAGGCCUGGGUUUUAAGAUGACAUCCAAGGACACAGAAAACAGUCAUUUCUUCUCCUUCGAGUUUGUGAAGACAGGAAAUGUUCCCCAAAACGUGAAGAAGUUCGGACUGCAGUUAAGGCCUUGUCUAUACAAGAAAAGAUGACGACAGUGGAGAAGUUGAUGUGUAAAAUGUUUAUGUAAAUCAGCAGGUCAUAUGACUGCACCUCCGUUUCCUAUACUUGGCAGUGGGCGGACAGUUGGUUGCAGUUUUGAUACAGAAACAGGAAAUGACCCAAAACUCUCCAUAUUUAGUUUUCUUUUACUAAUGUAUUGGCAGAAUUUGCUUCCAUUUAAUUUGAUCAGGUCUUUGUAAUGACCUGAAGAAACCCAAAAACGCAGGCUGGCAUAAACUGAAGAAAAUCCAAACCUCCUUAAUGUUCACCUAAAAUGCUACAGCUUGUAUUCAAUCAAGAUUGCAAAAAAUUUCAGGUUAUAGAAAGAUUUGUAAACACAGAAUAAAUAUCUGCCAUUAUUGUUUCCUGGUUCAA